AUGUUUGUUGGUUCAAUGCUGAUUGACAUCAAAUUUGCACCAAAUGAUUUUGAAUUACCUGAUCAGUGUUGGGAACAUGUAUUCAAAUUCCUCAUGCACCAUGAAAACAACAACCACAGUAGUUGCGAUCUCAAGCCUCUCUCGGUCGUCUCUAAAUAUUUCCUCUCUGUCACCAACCGUCUCCGAUACUCUCCCACUAUCAAACCUCAUAUACGCCAUAACCUACCUUGUCUCUUCCGUAGAUUCCCCAACCUCACCUCCCUUAACCUCAACAAUAUCCAUGGUGACCUCGACAAGCUCAUCCAAAUACCUGGUUUCCCGUUGAAUCUCACAUCGCUCCAUCUCUCCUUCAUUACCACUUAUCAGUUGCUGCGAGCUUUCUCUACAAAGAUUACAACUUUAACCUCUCUCACAUGUUCCUUCGUUGGUUGUCUCAGGAGCACUGAAAUGUCAAAAAUCGCCAAUUGUUUCCCCAAUUUGCAGCUUUUUUAUUUGAACCAUUGCUAUGACAUACAUGAAGAAAGUAUUGCUCAUGUUUUAAAGACAUGUUGUAACAUUAGACAUUUGAACUUAGAUCGUUGUUCUGGUGUGAAGCUACAUGGAAUCAACUUUCAAGUUCCCAAACUUGAGGUGUUGAACUUGUCAUAUACAGAGUUUGAUGAUCAAACACUCGAUGUGAUCUCCAAGAUUUGUCGUGGGCUUUUGCAACUGGUAUUGGAAAGUUGUCAUAAUAUCACUAAGGAAGGAGUGAUGCAUGUGGUUGAAAACUGCACACAACUUAGAGAGAUCAAUUUGAAAUGUUGUGUUGAAGUGCUUUCUGAAGUUAUUACCCUAAUGGUAUCUUCAAGUCUAUCAUUGAGAAAGAUAAUUGUUCCAUAUCGUGGUCUUUUCACCAACGAACAGAUACAACUCUUCUUGUGUCAAGGAUGCCUUAUUUGCUAG